CUCAUGGGAUUUGUAGUCUUCUCUUGCGCGUGCGGACGCUUACAAUGGCACUAACGGAGCGCUGAAAAAGACUACAAUUCCCAGGAUGUUUCCACGCGCUGUUUCUAACAGAUGUGCAAACCUGUGUCGCUACUCUCCGUGUUGUUACGAAGAUCAUCAGUACCCGGCGGGGUUGUUUCUUCAGACGAACAAACCCUCGCGCUAUCAUUUUACUUAUUGAAGGAUGUCAGAACUCAGCGAUGAAGCGAGCGAGUCGGAGCAGCUGGGCUCGAGUCUGUCUGUGUGGCUGGCUGAUAGCGGGAGUGGUCAGGAAGAGCUCGACGUGCCACUGGACCUCCAUACCGCCUGCUCCAUCGGCCAGUACGACGUGGUUGCCGAGUGCAUUCGCAGACGCAAAGUAGACGUGGAUGGAAGGAACCUCGGCGGUUGGACACCGCUCAUGUACGCGGCGUAUAUCGGUCAUGACAACGUCGUUAACCUGCUUCUGGAAUCCGGGGUUAGUGUCAACGCUAGCACUGCUAAGGGGCUGACCCCACUAAUGCUAGCUGCUAGCUGUGGAAAUGAGAGCAUCGCUUACUUCCUGCUCCAGCAAGGGGCGGAGCUUGAGCGUAAGGACGGCCGGGGUUGGACAGCUCUUCUGCACAGCACGAGCACUGGACAUCAACAGAUGGUCAAGUUUCUCCUGGACAACAACGCAAAUGCCAACAUCAAAGAGCCUGUGUUUGGGUUCACCCCACUAAUGGAGGCUGCAGCAUCAGGCCACGAGAUCAUUGUCCAGUAUCUUCUUGACCGUGGUGCACGAGUCGAGGAGAGGAACUUCAGAGGCGAGACGUCGAGAGUUUUAGCCAUGAUGUACGGCCACACGAAGAUCGCGAGCCUCAUAGACAUGCACUGCCUGAGAGCAAAAACAGGCGCGUACGAGGAGCUGAGCUCAUCAGAGGAAGACAGCGCAGCACCAAAAGCUAGGUCAAGCCGCAGCAGAGCCAGAGGCCCGAGCAUACACGACGGCCCACAGGCCAUAGCUCGCUUUAAAGUCACCCCCAAACAUGAUCCGGCGUUGGCUCCGCCUGGCUACGUGACGUUCCGUGACGUGGGCGAACAGAACGAGGGCAUCUGCAACCGUGACGUCACUUCCCCCAUUAACGAACUGGACGGCCAGAGCAACAGCAGUCGAGAUGAGCUGUUCUUUGAUAAUGACAUGCCAACAAUACGGAGCAGCAGCAGCAGCAGCGAGGGUCUGCCCCGCCUCCUCGGCCUCAGCAGGGAAGCAUCGCUAGAGAGCAACGAGGACUCAGAUCAGGCGAAGAGGAGCUGCCCCCGGCGACCCAACAAGCCCCAUCACUCCAAGGCCAAGAAUCGUCAUAGUAACAGCGACUCUGCUGGGAAUUAUGGGACGGCGGCUCAGUCCGGACCUCUCCCGUCUUAUACAGGCCCCAAGGACCUGGCAGAAUUCCUGGAGCAGAUAGGCUUUAGUAAAUAUCUCCCUUUGCUAGAGGAGCAGGAUAUCGACCUGAGAAUCUUCCUCACACUGACUGAAAACGAUCUCAAAGAAGUGGGCAUCACGUUGUUUGGCCCCAAGAGGAAGAUGACGUCAGCAAUAGCCCGUUGGCAUAGUAACGCCCGGCCACCAAGCGACUCGUUAGAGCAGGCGUACGCUGACAAACUCGAGGCCGAGAUGCAGGAGUUGGCUAUUCAGCUCCAUAAGCGCUGUGUCGAGGUGGAGUCCCUACAGGGCCAGGUCUCUCAGGAGAAGGAGCUGCGCACCGUGAUGGAGGGCUGUCUGAUGGAGGAGAAGAUGGCAUGGAGGGGCGUGCAGGCGGAGCUACGGGAGAGCGUCAAGCAAAUCCAGGGCCUGAACAGCACACUUAACACACUGCGAAGCACACACACGCAGCUCACACAGGCUACGGGGAAAGACGGUGGUGCUGUGUACUCGGAGAUGCUCUCCAAAAUGGAGUCAUGUGAGGAAAAACUAGCUGACAGCCUGAAAUCACUCUGCCAGAGUCUACAGCAUCUCUGUACUCCAGAGAAAAGCUCCAACAGCUGGCAAGGAGAAUCCUAGCACCCGUUUCAACUGCAGAGUUUCACUGACGGAGGGUGAACACACCACCCUGAACACAUGAACACGCCGAACUGCCGGAGCUGGCCAAAGAGGAGCGAGAGACAGAGAGAGACAGAGAGAGAGAGGUGGAGUUGUUGAAAAAUGAUCAGUCAGAGAAAGAACAAUGGAUAAAGAUGAAAAAAAGGGUAUGCAAGGUAGUAAAUCGACAAGCAGGUGAGUGGCCGAAGCUCCUCCCACACCUGCACUCCAGUCAGACUCGACAGUGCAUCACGGAAAUAAAAGAUGAAGACAAUCAAUCUGUAAACGUGGGGAGAACGAGAAACAUUCCUCACACACGACAGACAGAACACAGCGUGGACUCAGUAGCACGACGCGAUGCAAUGCUGUACUACAAAUCAAACCUCUGAGAAUUAUAUAGCGUAUGUGUUUGUUUAUAUAGAAAUUGAAUGAACUGAAUUGAAGCGUUCACACAAGGUAAAAAAAUAAAAUAAGUACACCUGAUGGAAAUUGUUGGCUUUUUUUUUUUUUGGGACAUAUUUGGACAAGAAAACCUUUGAUCAUGUUUGAAACAGUGCCUAUUAAUGAAGUCGAUACAUUUAUUAACAUUUAUUUAACAGAAAUAUCAAUAAAUGUGAUAUUCUUCUGAGGAAAAAGUAAGCACACCCUUGGUCUCCGAAGCUAGUAUUGCCUCCUUUAGGAGAAAUAACUUCUUGUAGGUGUUUUGUAUAACUGUCCACCAGGCUUGCUGGAAUUUAUGACCACGCUUGCAUGCCAUAUUCUUUCAGUUGCAAGAUGUUUGAGGGUUUUCUUGGUAUGAUGAUGACACCACACAUUCAAUAACAAAGGGAACACCAGACACUAGAUAUAAGAGAGGUAUAAAUAAGACUGGUUCUAAUCACUGGCUCCUUGAACACCUGAUUCAAAUUUUAUGGAUUUGAAGGUGUGAUAAAUGUAGGGGUGUACUUACUUUUUCCAUGUGACUGAUUUGUUUUUUGUUCAUUUAAAUUGUAAAAAUGACCACAAAAGG